AGCUAAUCCAUCUAAUCCACCACCACUGUAUGAUCUUCCCUUCUUGGUAAUCUUCUUUUUUUUUGUUUUGCUGCUUUUGCUUUCAGGCUAUGGACAACCCAGACGAUAUCAGAGCUAAGAGGCUAGCACGUUUGGCCAAGUACAAUAAAGAAAACAAUCUUUCGGCUCCACACUCAUCUUCCUCUUCUUCCUCUUCUCCCAAACACAACUCCAAUCCUUCUAGACCUGCCACCUCUCACUCUACCUCCACCAGAUCCUCCACUCCAUCUGCUAAUCCUUUCAGCGCUUUACUCGUCUCUCAGAAUAUCAAACAACAAAACCUAUCCAAUGACACCUUGAAACAAAAAUCCAUUCCAAACCAUCCCACAAAACAAAUACUUUCAAAAAAUCCUAUAAUAUCCGAUGCCCAACUUGAAGACCACUAUAACAACUGGGUUAACGACACUUUACAAGAAAUCUUUCAGGCAACUGUAAAUCCAAACAACACCAAUUUGAAACUCAAAUUUUUAAAAUCAACUUAUAAUGACUUGAUAAAUGAAAAAACUUCCACUGACUCUAAUUCAGACGAUAUCGACAAAAACAUAUCUGUUUUAUUUAAUAAAAACGUUGUGGAUGCUAUCAUCGAUGAAAUGACAAUUGAAAAUGCUGUUCCUAACCCGGUUCUUUAUCUAUUCAAUGCUUGGGAAUCCGCUAAAUCAAAAUUAAGAUCCAUCAAAUCUCUAAGACAACCCCUUAAAUUGAGAUCAAAAGCCUUAAACAACCUUUUUUCUUCAAAAUUUAAUGAAAAAUAUAAAUCAAAAAAAAUUGCCCUACUAGACCAAAUAGUCAAUCUUUCUCUCAACUACACCUGCAGCUCUUUUCAAAUCCCUGACAUGUUUCUAAACAACACUAUCGAAAAAACUGUUUUCCCAUUUUUAUCACAUAAUCCCAAUGAAUUGAUUAACGAUUUUCUAUUCGAAUUGAUCAAAACUGCAAAGUCAGAGGGCUCUCUUUUUGAAUUUAUAAACUCCUUGGUUCCCUAUUUAUCAAAAUAUUUACUAGAAAACAAAGUUACAAUGGAUAAUAAAAUAUAUCUAAGAGUUUUCACCAUCUAUCGUAUUUUAUUAAAUGACAAGGCUAUCGCCGCUGAGUUUUCUAAUAUUGAUGAUUUCUGCUUAUCAGAAUCUCAAAAUCCUUCUGAUGUCGAAUUUAAAACUAUUUUGGGCCCAAUUCUUUCUUUAUCUCCCUUACAUAACAACUUUGCUAAAAAAAUCCUUGGAAACUCCGCUGCAAUGUCAAAACUAGAAAUUGAUAGAUUGAUGGAAUCCUUACAGGCUGAAUAUAAACUAAUUCUAGAAUUUUUAUUCUUUGUAUUUGAUAAACUAAUAAGAGCUUCAAAUCAUUCCAGAGAAUCAACUUUAAAGUACAUUGCCACCGUUAUAAAUUGGAAUCACCUAAGAACUGGUAUGCAAGCCGAUUACCUGAGCCUAACUUCUCAUGCAAUUUUCGUAAACUUAUCUCUAAUUUUAUUUAAAAUGUCUCUUCCAUUUUUAGAUUCAUCUUAUAAAAAAUUCGAUAGAAUCGAUAAAUUUUUCUUUGAUAAACAAUCAUAUUUCGAUUUACAAGAUCAAACAAGAAUCAAUGCAACAGAAAAGGAAUAUGAAGAAUAUGCCAAAGAUCAUGCAUCUACUGAAAAAACAAAUUUUAUCUCAGAUUGUUUUUUCUUAGGCUUAGGCUGCUUACAUUUUGGUAUUGGCGGUUUGAUUUUAGAUCGAGAAAGAGUAUCAAAAGAAGUUAAACAACUAGAACAACAAGUCGAAAGGUUAAAAGAAUUAACUGAAAAAUCGAAAGCUAGUGGCAAUACUCUAUCCUUUGCUGAAAGAACUUAUGCUAUUCGUUUACCCCAAUUUGAGUUAAUGUUAACCAACGCAAAAGCUUCAAAAACCGUUAUGAACGCUUUUUUCCUUGAUAGAGAGAUCCAAUUACAAAUAUUUGAUUUUGUUGUUGGCGCUUCUGUGUUUAUGGUUAGAUCUGUUGAUCCAAACUCAAGUUACCCAUUUCGCCAAAUUACCUUGCCACUUAUUCCUGAUGAAGUUAACAUUGAAAAUAUCGACAACGCUGAAGAAUUAAGGAAAAAAUCACCUACCCCUUUUAGAUACUAUCCUGAAUUUGUCAUUGAAUGCUUAGUCAAUUAUGCUUCUCAUAUCAUUCAAUAUGCUAAUCAUCCAUUAUUUAAUAAUCCGAGAUUAAAACAUUUUGUGGAAUUCGUUAUUGUUAUGUUGAGAUGCCCUGAAAUACUUGGAAAUCCUCAUUUAAAAGGCAACUUUGUCGAACUACUAUUUUUUGGCUCAUUACCAAUGCAGAAUGGUCACCCUGGUAUAAUGUUUGACGUUUUUAUAACUGAUCCUUUAAUAAUUGACAAUUUACUAUAUGCUUUAUUAGAUUUCUAUGUCGUUGUCGAAAAAACUGGUGCUUCUUCUCAAUUUUAUGAUAAAUUCAACAGUCGUUUUCACAUGGCAGUUAUAUUAGAAUCUUUAUGGAAUCACGAAGUUUAUAGAAGCCAAUUCAAAAAACAAAGUGCCCAAAAUAAAGAUUUCUUUGUCAGAUUUGUUGCUAGAAUGCUUAACGAUACUACAUUUUUACUAGAUGAAUCAUUAAGAGAUUUGAUUGAGAUUCAUGAAUUAGAAAGCGAAAUUGAAAACAGAAAAAAUGGUGCAGAACCUGUUAUGGAGGGAACUGACGAGGAAUUAGCUAAUCAUUUGGCAAGCAUAGAAAGACAGGCCAAAUCUUAUAUUAAUUUAGGGAAUAAGACUGUCAACUUGUUCAAAAUUUUCACUCUUGAAACACCAAAAGCAUUCGUUACUCCAGAAAUUGUUGAUAGAUUAGCUGGUAUGCUCAACUAUAAUUUGAAUGCCUUAGUAGGAAAAAAAUAUACUCAAUUAAAAGUCAAAGAUCCAUUGAAGUUUAAUUUCCAACCUAGACAGUUGCUUUUAAAUAUUUGCAAAAUAUUUGUCAAUUUAUCAAGAGAAAGAGAGUUUCUAAAUGCAGUUUCAAGAGACAGUAGAUCAUUUAAACAUGAGCUUUUCAUAAAAGCAAGAGGAUUUUUACAGCGUUACAGUUUAGCUUCAGGUGAUUUCAUUGAUGAUUUUGUUAGAUUUGGGGAUAAAGCCCAAGCCCAGAAAUUGGAAGAUGAAGAAAAAGAACUAGAGUUGGGAGAUAUUCCAGAUGAAUUACUAGAUCCAUUAAUGUAUGAACUUAUGGUUGAUCCUGUCAUUUUACCAAGUUCAAAGGUUACGGUCGAUAGAUCCACUAUCAAAGCACAUUUACUCAAUGAUCCAACAGAUCCAUUUAACAGAAUGCCACUAAAAUUGGAUGAAGUUAAGCCCGAUUUAGAAAUGAAACAGAAAAUUGAAACAUUUAAAGCUGAAAGAAGGGCUGAAAAAGAAAAAAGUAAAACAGAGGAUGGAGAUAUCACAAUGACCUCCCCACCAUAAUCUAUAUUUGGCCCGGCCAUAAUAUACAU